AUGGCAGCAGAAGCUCCAAGUAAUUAUGAGGCAUCAUUAUAUGUUGGUGAUCUUCAUCCAAAUGUUACCGAGGUUAUGUUGUUCAACAAAUUUGCAAGUGUUGGACCAAUUCAAUCAAUUCGAGUCUGUCAUGAUAUGACUGCACGACAAUCAUUUGGCUAUGCUUAUGUUAAUUUUGAAAAAUCAGCUGAUGCUAAGCGUGCACUUGAUACAAUGAACUUUGAUUUACUUUGUGGUCGUCCAUUAUGUAUUAUGUGGUCUCAUCGUGAUUCAACUCUACGUGAAUCAGAUGUUGGAAAUGUAUUUAUUAAAAACUUGAAUAGAAAAAUUGAUAAUAAAUUUCUUUACGAUACUUUUUCGGCUUUUGGUAAUAUCUUAUCUUGCAAAAUAAUGACAGACAAAAAUGGUAAAUCAAGAGGUUUUGGUUUUGUUCAUUUUGAAACGCAAGAAGAAGCAGAUAAUGCUAUUGAUAAAGUCAAUGGUAUGUUAUUAGCUAAUAAAAAAGUUUAUGUCGAUCGUAUUAAGUCACAUAAUCAACAAAUGGAUGCUAAUAAACCAUGGAAAUUCACUAAUGUAUUUAUAAAAAAUUUCGGUGAUGAAUUAGAUGAAGAAAAAUUACGUGAACUUUUUUCAAAAUAUGGAGAAAUUUUAAGUUUGAAGAUUGAAAAAGAUGAAAGUGGACAUUCAAAAGGUUUUGGAUUUUGUCGUUAUGAAAAUUCAGAAGAUGCUGAAGAAGCUGUUCAAAAUUUAAACGGAUAUUCAAUAGGUGAUAAACAACUUUAUGUUGAUCGUUUUCAAAAUAAAAAUCAACGCCUAUCUGAAAUAAAACGUAUGAAUAAAUAUCAAGGAGUUAACUUAUAUAUUAAAAAUUUGGAUGAUACUAUUGAUGAUGAACAAUUAAAAAAGGAAUUUUCUAAAUUUGGAAUUAUUACAAGUGUUAAAGUUAUGUCAAAAAAUGGUCGAUCAAAAGGUUUUGGUUUUGUAUGUUUUAGUGAAUCUGAUGAAGCAAAAAAAGCUGUAGCAGAAGUGAAUGGAUCCAUUAUGGGUUCCAGAACACUUUAUGUUGCAUUAGCAGAACGAAAACAAGAACGUCGUACGCAUGUAAUUAACCAACAUAAGCAACGUAUAGCAAUAUCACGUGCAUUACCGCCAAUAUCAUUACCAUUUUCAAAUGAAAUGAAUAAUAUGAUGCCCUAUGUACAAGUACCGUUGGAUCCAUUACAAUCACUUAUGAAACCAACAACAAAUGCUGAGAUCAUUGAUAAGCAAAUGCCACAAUCAGCUAUGCUUGCUGUUCAACAAUCAGAGAUGCUAAAACCAACACAAGAGCAAAUGAUGCCUAGCAAUUUUGUUCGAUCACAAGUUGGUGCACAAUCACAACAAAAGACAGCUAAUACUCACAUGGAAAUAAAUAUGCCAUUUAGCAAUCCAGAUGAAUUUCCAAAUUCAAUUGUAAUCGCUAAACAAGAAUCAUUAACAACAGAUGGUCUUGCUAAUGCAACACAAAAAGAACAAAAACAAAUGUUAGAUGAACAUUUAUCUUCAUUGAUUCAACAAAUGCAACUCGAAUUAGCUGAUAAAAUAACUGAUAUGCUUCUCGAAAUUGAUAAUCCUGAAUCUCAUACGCUAGAAUCACCUGAAUCAGUUCAAGCUAAGGUUGAAGAAGCUAUUGCUGUACUACAAGCUCAUCAAGCCAAACAACUUUGUGUAGCUAAACACACAGCAAAUAAACCAGCUGUCUCAUAA